AGUCCUCCUGGAAAUGAAUCUGUAUGGGAUGCAGCUAUAGAAGCGAACCGGCUGCGUCUUCAGACUGUUUGAAGACUGAAAGAAAAUAGGGGGUUGAUAAUGUCCCACUGUGAGUUUGCUAUUUGAGGUUUGCUCUGCCGAAAGAUGCUCAGCCACCCGUAGCCCUUCUCGCUGCGCCUCACCUGAGAGAACAGGAACUGACGGCGAGCUAACGUUAGCAAACAAGUUUCAUAAAGUCGGUCCUGUUAGCCGCGUCUUCAGGAGGAGCUGAGUGAUGCUAAUAGGCGACUAGCUGGGUGCUUUGUUCCGCGACUGAUACUGACACUGACACUGGUGAGGGGAAGUUCCUUCAGCAGCGUUUCCCUCACCGUGAGGCUGCAGGCCUGACAGCACAGAGAAUGAGUAGAGGAGGAAACCGCCUGGUGAAGCAGCUGUCGAGUCCUUGUUUGGGAAAUGAAAUGCCCCGACAGUUCCCCAAGAUCACCCUGAGUGAUGUGGAUGAGGAGGUGCGUCUCCUGGCAGAAAAAGUGUACGCCUCAGCGCUGAAGGAGGAAGAGAAUAAAGAUGCUCUUUCCAUGUACACGGUGCCUGAAGACUGCCCCAUUGGCCUGCAGCAGGCCAAAGACAGAGAGCUGCUCCGGGAACUGGCUGAACAGCAGUCUGAGGAAACCGCCAAGAGGAAGAAGAGUUUUAAGAUGAUCCGGUCUCAGUCCAUGUCCCUUCAGAUUCCAGUGACUGUGGAUUGGGCUCGAACUACAGCCACUCCACUCCUUUCCCCUGCUUCCACCUGCACCUCCAUUUCAGACAACUUCCCGGAAUACCAGAGAGUCACUAUCAGUGGAGAUUACUGUGCUGGGAUCACAGUUGAGGACUAUGAGCAAGCAGCUAAAAGUCUGCUGAAAGCUUUAUUCAUCCGGGAGAAAUAUUCAAAGCUAGCUUACCACCGCUUCCCCCGGACCACCGCCCAGUUCCUGCGCAGCGCUGAGAACGCUAAGUGGAGGGAGAACGAUGAAGUCUUGCCAGAUAUCUGCCCAUGCCCACACAAAGGAGAGGACCCCUACAGCAUGAAUGAUAUUCCAGAGAACUUGGACUUUGAACUGAAAAUGAGGGACGGGAUUAUAUACGUGUAUGACAAUGCUGAGGCUCUCAGUAAGAACAGACCCCGCUGCCUACCUUACCCAGACUUGGAGACGUUUGCCAUGGACCUGAGCCAUGUGCUGGCCAUGAUCGCUGAUGGUCCUACGAAAACGUACUGCCACAGACGACUGAACUUCCUAGGAUCGAAGUUCUACCUGCAUGAGAUGCUCAAUGAAAUGGCUGAGCUCAAAGAACUCAAGGGUGUCCCACACCGAGAUUUCUAUAACGUCAGGAAGGUAGACACUCACAUCCAUGCUGCGGCCUGCAUGAACCAGAAACAUCUGCUCACCUUCAUCCAGAGCACCUAUAAGACCGAUGCAGAGCGUGUGGUGCUGGAUAAGGCUGGACAGAGACUGACCCUCAAACAGGUCUUCAACAACCUCAAUAUGGACCCCUAUGACCUCACUGUGGACUCACUGGAUGUACAUGCUGGCAGACAAACUUUUCACCGCUUUGACAAGUUCAACUCCAAAUAUAAUCCAGUAGGUGCAAGCGAGUUACGAGAAAUCUAUCUGAAAACUGACAACCACAUCAAGGGAGAGUACUUUGCCCGCUUGAUCAAGGAAGUUGCUCAUGAUCUAGAGGAGAGUAAAUACCAGCAUGCCGAACCCCGCCUGUCCAUUUAUGGUCGGUCCCCUGAGGAGUGGGAGAGCCUUUCUCAUUGGUUUAUCCAACAGAAAGUGCACUCCCCCAACAUGCGUUGGAUCAUCCAGGUGCCCAGAAUAUAUGACAUUUUUAAGUCACGGAAGCUGAUUGCUAACUUUGCCAAGAUGCUGGAAAACAUCUUUCUUCCCCUCUUUGAGGCCACAGUGAAUCCUCAGAAGCACAAAGAGCUUCAUGUCUUUCUGAAAUAUGUGACGGGCUUUGACAGUGUGGAUGAUGAAUCCAAGCACAGCGAUCACAUGUUCUCUUAUAAGAGCCCCAAACCUGAGCAGUGGACCACAGACGACAACCCACCCUACAGUUACUACCUCUUUCACAUGUACGCCAACAUCAUGGUGCUCAACAAUCUGAGGAAAGAACGGGGCCUGAGCACUUUCCAGUUCCGACCACACUGUGGUGAGGCUGGCUCCAUCACCCACCUGGUCUCAGCAUUCCUCACUGCAGACAACAUCUCUCAUGGCCUGAAUCUGAAGAAGAGUCCCGUGCUGCAGUACCUGUAUUACCUUGCCCAGGUGCCUAUUGCCAUGUCCCCUCUAAGUAACAACAGUCUGUUCCUGGAGUACUCAAAGAACCCACUGCGAGAGUUCCUGCACAAGGGCCUUUGUGUAUCCCUCUCCACUGACGACCCCAUGCAGUUCCACUACACAAAGGAAGCACUAAUGGAAGAAUAUGCUAUUGCGGCCCAGCUGUGGAAGCUCAGCACAUGUGACUUGUGUGAGAUCGCCAGGAAUAGCGUGCUGCAGAGUGGCCUGUCCCAUCAGGAGAAAAAGCACUUCCUCGGGGCCGACUAUUUGAAGGACGGACCUGAGGGAAACGAUAUCCGGCGAACCAACGUGGCGCAGAUCCGCAUGGCCUACAGGCAUGAGACCCUGUGCAACGAACUCAGCUUUUUGGUGGACGCAGUAAAGUCUGAAGUCCUGGGUUCACAACCAGAGUGACAACGCUGAUUAUGUUCCCAAAAGACUGUAUCUACACAUCCCCAUAGACACGUGCAUGCUGCCAUAUAGAUGAGAUUGCAUGCAUCAGGGACAGCAGUGUGCUGGUAUUACUUGACAUUGCCGCUCAGGGUAAGGAAAAUAAGACCCUGUUGUCAACACCGUCUUCCAUGUCAAAGCAGGUAUACGGAUGUCUGAGUACCGUUGCACGAGUUUUUCACUGAGCAACACGUCCUCCUAGCCUCAGAGGUUAAGCAGGACUCAGGAGAAAGCAGGCAGUAGAAAGACAGUGGAGUAGCUCCCCCUUGCGGAGAUGUGGAGAAAUCAGUUUUAUAGGAGAUGAGUUUUGGAGGAGUAGUGAAAUAAAUUUGACUAUGAAUGCAGACUAUAUAUUGUACUGUGGCCUUUAAUGUAAGCUUUAACUUGGAUGAGACUAGCUCAGGAGUGUCCAAUUCUGGUCACCCAUACCUGCUAAACCCGAUAACUGGUGAGAUGAAAGUCCAUUUGAAUAGAUACAUCAUCAAACUGUGAUGUUCUAAGGCCCUUCUGGAUCAGAGCUGGAGCCCCCUGACCUAGCUGGUCUACCUGUUGACUGAAAUUUGGUACAUAUCCACUCUCCACCUCAAGCCAGUUACCGUGAGUUAAGAUACAAGGACUAGAGCAGUGAUCACCAACCCUCCCCUGAGAUCUACGUUCCUGAGUUUAGUUCCAACCUGCAGUUAACACUCUGGCGCUCCCUUACCUAACACUAAUUCACUUGAUCCAGCCAAUCAAAGACUUCGGAUAAAGGUUAAUUAGCUGGAGCAGGUGAGUCGGAUUGUAGUUGAAACUAGCAGUGCAUCCCAAUUCACGGGAUGGGGCCUUUGGCGGCAGCAAGGGUGGUUGCGUUACAGCGGCACGACUAGACUGUCCCAUUUCAAAGGCUCCUUCAUGUGUGAAGAAAUGUGUCGUCCUUUUCCAUGGUGACGUAGGAUCCAACGGGUGCAUCCUUCGCCAGCCAACAUAUCCUGAGGUUCAUUGCGUGUCAGCAAGGAUUCGAGAACAUGGCGGCAUCAACAGAGCUGAACAGUACAAUUUUAAAUAUGUUAAAUAUAUAUAAAUAUAGAAAUACUGGGUUUAAGCUGAGGUGAAUGCCUAAUGAUACAAAUGUAGUAAACAAAAUCUCAUCCGUAGCCAGCAGUUAAGCAUCUCCAGCUCUAAUAAAUGAAAAAAUAAACAGCUAAAAUCAAAGUUUCUGGCUCUAUCUUUAAAGAACAUGACAAGAGUGGUGUUUCGUGAUGCACCUGUAAGGGCGGGAUCUCCGGUGCUGUAGAGCAGACCGUCUCAUUUCAGUGCAGCCUUCGAAGGACGCGGUCUAAGGAUCCAACCCCUGAAUUGGGACAUGCUGUAGAUUCAACAGGAAAGUAGAUCUCUAGGAGCAGGGAUGGUGACCACUGCGCUAGAGAAAUCACCCACAAACCUUGAUUAUUAAAUGUGUAAGAAAUUACAAACCAAAAACGCUUGAAACACAGAAAGCACCAUGUUUCCCGUUUCAUUUGCUGAUAGAAAUUCUCCAUGAUGUACUGUAUGUUCAUACAAACACCUUAAAAGCUUGCCUGCUGCCUCUGGUGGCCUUUUAAUCCCACUUAAUUUAGUAACUGGUCAGAAAUGUUGCACAUAUUGUAUAUAAAGAUAUAUAUAUAACAGCAUAUACUCUAACUGUACCUAAACAUUAAGGAAAAUGUUUGUUGUUGUGGUGAUUAAUAAAUUGUUCUAAAUGAUGAUGAGAAAUGGAAGUCAAACCAAAUUAAACGUAUUCCAGAGGUCA